UUGAGGCGAGGACUGAAAACUUCCACGGAGGGGCCUUCACCGCCUGUGCGGGACUUGCCCGCUGGUAGGGAGCGGGGCAGCUGCUUCUUUGGGCUCCGCUCUGUGAGGGGGAGACCCCCGGGUCUGUUACAGCGGCAAAGCUUUGGUUUCCAAAGGGCUUCAAUCUCGCACUUCCUCUCACACAACAGCCCUGCGAGGUUGGGCUCACCUUGUUGUGCCAGGCAGAGAUUCAACAGGUGAAGCUUUAUGGCCUCUCCCCGUUGGGAGAAGCUGCAUCUAUCUAACACGCCCCGCCCCCCCAACUUUCCUCUUUCACACAACUGUUAAAAGCAUAGAAGCGCUUAAUAGGUAUUUAUUUUACUCUCUCCUCUCUCUCUCUCCUCCCUCCCCAUCACUUCUUGGCCUGACCUACUUUGCAGGGUUGUUGUGAGGCCUGUUAAAGCUGGGGGGGUAUGGUAAUAUGAUUAUUUUAUUAACUGUUAUUUUAUUAUUAUUUAUUUUCAGUAUUAUUUAUUUUAUUAACUGCUAAAAUGAUUAUUUUUUGUUAUUAUUUAUUUCAUCAUCAUUAUUUUAUUAACUGCUAAAGUGAUUAUUGUUUUAUUAUUAGUUAUUUCAUCAUUUAUUUAAUUAACUGCUAAAAUGAUUGUUUUAUUAAUUGUUAUUUUAUAAUUAUUUAUUUUAUCAUUAUUUAUUAACUGCUAAAAUGAUUGUUUUAUUCAUUGUUAUUUUAUAAUUAUUUUAUCAUUAUUAACUGCUAAAAUGAUUAUUUUAUUGUUUAUUUUAUAAUUUAUUUUUUUAUUAACUGCUAAAAUGAUUAUUUUAUCAAUUGUCAUUUUAUCAUUUUUUAUUUUAUCAUUAUUAUUUAUUUUAUUAACUGCUAAAAUGAUUUUUUUGUUAAUAACUGUGCCGUCGUAUCGUUAUGCUUUUUUAUUAUUAUUAUAGUGGAACCUCGGUUUUUUAACGUCUCCGUUGACAAACGUUUUGGAACUCGGAACGCCGAAAACCUGGAAGUAACUGUCUCCGUUUUCGAACGCACCUCAGAAGUCGAACUCCCGAGGCGGCUUCCGUAUUGAGUUUCUCGUAUUAAUUUUUCCGUUUUGAGGCUUCCGUAUUGCGUUUUCAGUUUUCGAACAUUUCGGAAAUUGGACAGUCUUCUGGAACAGAUUACGUUCCUAAGCCAAAGCAUGUUCUUAAUGUUGUACACCGACCUGGGAUCUUCUGAUAAAAGGCGGUAAAUGAAUGGGAUAAAUAAAAAUAUAACUCAAACGAGGGUAUGCGAACUAUUGUGUUCUGCCCUGAGCUUGGAGAUCCUUGGUGGGGUACUUUAUUUACCUUUUACCCUGCACUUCCACUUCCCUGGAAGCCCCCAGAAUAGCUUAUGGAUCAAGACAGUCGCUGCCCGCAGGCUCAGAUGUUGUGCUGGUCCCGAGGGUUAACCGUGCGGCGAGGUCUGAGUCCAGUCCAAGGUUGAGGGUGCGGUAUGGAUGCUGUCCAUCAAAGCUGAAGCUGGGUCCAAGGCAGGGAGUCGGGUGAGGUCAGGAGCUCCGGCAGAAGAGCAGGACGGGGUGCAGGCAGGAACAGGCUACCAACAAUGUUGCUCCCACAACUUGGGACUGGGACUGGCUGGCUUUUAUCUGCCCCGAGGCAUAGGGCGGCCCCGGUCCACAGGUGACUCGCCUCUCCUGGCCUGGAGGCGAGCACUCCUCCUGCGGGAACUUAGUUCCCUCCGCCUCUGCCCUGAGCCUCUGCAGCUCAGGAGAGGCUGGAGGGUUACCGGACCCAGAGGCAACCUCCUUUUCCCCUGACGGGGCUGAGAGUGGAGCACCUGCAGGCAAUGGGUCCUCCAUCACCUCAGGAGCCAGAGCAGACUCAGCUGAUACCUGCACCUGAGGGUCCAGCACAGGUGAGGACCCUUCAGGCUCAAGCCCCAGCCCCGGCUCAGCUGGUUCUGGAGGCGGGGACUCUUGUGCAGGCUGGGAUUUCUAAGGUUCAGCCUCCAAAUCCCAGGCCAUCGUAGAUGUGUUGGAAAAGGGAAAGUUCAUGCUCUUGGUUACAAGUUCUUCUAGUGAUCAGGUGGGAUGGAAACAUAACACAGCAAAAGGGAGAAAGCUUAAUCUGUUGCAUUUCUGCUCCUAGUUUGUGAUGCUGCUUUGAAAGGCGCAAGAGGCCCCACCAGAAGGAGGAAAAAGCAGCGUUCACUUACUGUGAAGUAAGUCUGUAAUAUUUCUAUUUUGCAAGUUGGGAACUGAGAACCUAAGAUCAGACCUUCAUCUCAUCCAGGAUCCUGUUUCAUACAGUGGCCAACCAUAAGUUGGGCAUAAAGACAACGUGAUGUUUUCAUCCAUGAGUUCUCUUAAGGGAGUUUCACAUUUUAUGGGGCAGCAAUCAUGCUUGACUGUGGCCAGUGACCUACAUUUUUGGUUCAAUAUCCAUUAUUUUUGAUCAUUUUUUUAAACCCAUGUCUUGCGUUGCCAUAUGUUCCUCCUUUUAAAAUUUUGUCCCUUCUGCUAGACAUUUUUACAAGCUUCCAGAUGGGCAGUAAAGACUUGCUUUCAGUUUGCUUUUUUUCCUAAACAAGCCCUGGGUUCCCAUUGAUCUUUUUACCAGUACAGUGGUACCUCGGGUUACAUACGCUUCAGGUUACAGACUCCGCUAAUCCAGAAAUAGUACCUCGGGUUAAGAACUUUGCUUCAGGAUGAGAACAGAAAUCGUGCUCCGGCGGUAGCAAGGAGGCCCCAUUAGCUAAAGUCGUGCUUCAGGUUAAGAACAGUUUCAGGUUAAGAACGGACCUCCGGAACGAAUUAAGUACUUAACCCGAGGUACCACUGUAAUUGAAUGGCCGUACUGGUAUCUGAAUGCAUGUUCAUGGCUUUUCUUAAUUGGUUUUAAAUUACAUUAUGCUGGGUGAUACUGUUUUUAUGGUUAUUUACGGUUCAUGUUGUUUUUAAAAUAGAAUUUUACAUAUAAUAUAUUCAAAAAUCAUACAAUUAAAAGAAAUUCAAAAUGUACACUACUUGGACACACUGCAUUGAUACAUCGGUAGUAUUAUCUUGUUGCAUGUAAUUGUAAUGAUACACCAUCCUUAUAUAUUUUUUUCAGGGGACACUGAUGGUUCUGAAGAUAAUUUUUGUAAUUUUUUUAUUUCGAUUCAUAACGUGUAUUUAAAAUCUAUUCUGGGAACUGCCUUGCAAUGUUAUUUCCCCCUAAAAGAUGGCUUCUAAAUAUUGUAAAUUAGCAACCUUGUACUCGGUGUUGUUCAAGAAUUCUAAGAAACCAAAGAAUCAGUUUUUAAAGGUUCUCUCUGCCAUCUUGAUUCAAAAAGCCACCCAAUGGUAUAAAAAUUUAUAUGAAAAUUUACCCCCUGAUCUCAAGAGCCAUCAAGCAAUAUUGGGUUGCAAUAUCUUAAGAGGUCAGGGUGGAUAAAAAUCAAUGAUUUUAAAAAAAUAAUAAUCAAAAAAAUGGUGUGUUUUUUAUUUAAAUCGGAUUUUUAAAAUAAAAUGCUUUUGGAUGAAAAAUCUUUCUAAAGAUAGUUUUCUAUUUAAGUUACAUUAUAGUCCAAAGGCUAUUCAUCAGGAAAUAAGGAUUUGUUUUAAGUUUUUUAUGUGUGCUAAAAAUUAAUCUGUUGUUGUUUUUUAAAAUCAUUUAACCACAUCAAUUAGCAAACAUGGAUACAUAUGCUAUAAUGUUAUUGUUUUAGUUAAGCAAAUUGUUAUUAGGGAAAUGAUUAUUUUUCUCCUUCCAAUAAAGUAUAGCAGAAAAGUUGUCCAAAUAUAAACAAUAAUUUCAUAAUUAUCUAUGUAUUUCUAAUAGUAUAACCAAAUCAGUAAUUUUUGAUAUAACUGUAAAAACUACUCUGAAAAUUUAUUAUUCCAAAAAUGAAACCUUCAUAUGGCUGUAAAUAUUAAGAUUAUACCAGCAAGAAUGAGUCUUUCUGCUGAAAAAAAAGAUUUAAAUCAAGCCUUACUGACUAGUGAUUUAAAUCAAGUCUGACUAGUGAUUUAAAUCGAUUUGAUUUAAAUCAAAUCCACCCUGUAAGAGGUGUUGAAAUGCACAACUUCCACAGAUGCCAAACCCCCAGGAAUGAAUGGGAAAGGUGGUGCUAUGCUAACAAAAAGUUCAGCAGUGCUUCUUUCUUUUCAGGAUGCCUGGCACAAUUCUUGGAGUUGGGCCAGGAGUAUUUAUCUUAGCGCUGCUCUGGGUACUGACCUUGCUGCUCUGCGUGUUGUUAUCCAGAGCUUCUGGACUCGCUAGGUAAGGUGCCGUCUCCUGCUGGGAAAGUAAUUGGAGAGGAAACUGCUAACCACAUGGAUUUCAGGCAAAUAUUUCAGCCAUUCCUCCUCAGAAGAAGGUUGGGUUCCAUCAUUUAAUUAAUUACAUGUUACUUCCCCACCUUUCACUCCAGGGAGCUCAAGGUGUGGUGAUUUUUAGUGCUUUGUCACAAGAGACCCUUGAUUGAUUUUUGGAGGGGACAGAAAAGAUAUCAGAGGUGCUAACCAGCCUACUACUGAUCUAUUCUGAAUUACUAUUUUUCUGCAUGUGUUUUUUUACAGCGAAGCAACUAUGUUUAGAGGGGAGGAGAAUACUGCGGAUUAAUGGGGUUUUUUAAAUAAAAAAAACCCAGGGCAGCAAUGUUUAGGCGAUGUUUUUAAAAAUAAAAGUUGAUCAACUGAAAAGGUGCACCAAUUCGUCACAGCUAAUCUUUUAAAAAUGCAGGUGCUAAUGGAAACUGCAGAUAGCAAGUACCAGCUUAGAAGAAACUUUCCUUAUCUUUCUUACAGAGGAGUGAAUGCCUUUUCUAGGGUGAUGCCCGUUAUGAUGUCAUGUAAAACAGGAGCAUCCUUUUUUCCUUCAGAACUAUUGUUUUCCUGAAGUUGCAAGUUUUAUUUAAUCAAUUAAUCCGCUGAAACUUGUAUAAUUAACCAGCCAAGAUUUAUUUAAUUGGAGAGCAGCCUUUAAAAAACAAAACCCCAAGUAUUCAAAAUGUGGAUUGUGAAAUUAUUUGAAAAGUAUAAUAGACUCAUUAAAUCCCCUGCCACCACCAAAACAAAAUGAAAGACUUCUCCAUGUUCUAUCCAGUUAUUCUCAGGGAAGACUUGGGAUAUUUAAUAUCUUCCUUUUUACUGCAUAAUGUUUCAUUUGUAAAAUCAAAUAUUCAUAGCAUUUUUAAUGAGGAAGGGUUACCUGAUCAUUUUGCUUGUGUACUUGGCUUUCUUUUCUUACUUAUGAUUUGAUAAAUUAGUGAGUCUUUGCUUGUCUAAUUCAUCUCCAGCUAUUGGCUAGGUACCCAAAUUUUGGUGUGGCUAGGGUGUCUAUUUCUUCAGCAGCUGGGAAGACCCAAUAUCAGGGAGGGAACCAUCUUGUAUCCUAUGGCCCCCCUCACAGCAGCCAUAUGAUUGUCACCUUAUGUCUCUGCCACCCCCUUUUUUAAAAAAAAUGCAGACAAUAUUUUAUGAUUCUAUCUUUGCAGUGGACAUUAUUGUCAAUUUUGUUGUUGCUCUUAUUUGGCAAAGUCUAUAAGUAAUAAACAAUGUCAAAGGAAAAUUGGCAGCCAAAAAUCCUCUACUUAAUCUAAUAAGUGCAUCUUUUAGCUUCUCAAGACAUGGUGUAUAUUGGCAGUUAUUGCACAGCCUUUUUCUAUUAAAAAAAAAAUCAAAGGAAGCUGGCAUCAAAAGGAUGUGGGUUGCAGAAUACAUUUUUUCCAGAACUGGCCAUAUCCUUCUGAGGAUCCUUCCUGUAGUGUACUGAGGUAGAAUCCAGUCCUGGUAAAUUCAUAGCGUACUUUUCACUGGCGUCGUUGCAUUGAUUCUUGAAAAUUGCACCCUAAAGUUACAGUCAUUAAACACUUUGGGCUGUAUCCAAUGUAGCACUAAGUUGCUCAUUCCAUUAGCAAAGAUUUACACUUGUGCGGAAUGGGACUUCCCGCCUGCCCCAAUCCAAAAUCUGUUAUUGGGGUUCCCUCAAUCUUCUAGACAGAUUUGGAGAGGGAAGGGGGGUGGAGUUCUGUUGUGCAAACAUAAAUCCUUGCACUAAUGAAAUGAGUGCAUUGAAUGCCACUCUUUGCUACAGAUUCGUCCAUUUGGGGCUGCUCUGGGAGGUUCUCUUGUCCACUGUGAUGCAAGGAGGAGCUGAGGUGCUUGCAAACAGCAGAAGGUGCUAGCAUACUGGAAGCCAAAUCCUGUGCAGGUCUUCACACCUGGAUGCCUGGCAUAGUCUGUUAAAUUUUCUGAGUCAGUGGAAGAAAAGGCAGCCAUGGCUCCCUUCUACCUGUUCUCACCACUUUCACCAUCUAGAUUCCUGGGUUCUUGCUUGCUGGUAGCAGACAAGGGAAUGAGCGGAUUCUAUGACCAGGAAGGUAAACGGUGGGAACUACCCUGGUUGCUUUCUGCUCUGCCCCAUUAGGGCAUUUAAAGGAGUGUGUGCCCGGGUAGUGACAUGGAGCAACUCUAUGCAGCUUUAUUUAAAUUUUCUUCUAAGAAAGUGUGGCUAGGAUUAGCAGUGAUUCCUGUGGUUUCUCCCCACUCUCUCUCCCCAGGUUCUCUGUCAUUGUGGUUUUCUUAGCUGCUGUGAUCAUCACGUUGGUUCUGUUGCUUUUCCCUCGUGCCAGCGAGUUGCCUGCACCGGCUGCAGAAAUUAAGGUAAAGUUAUUGAGAAGCUCGCCCUCCACAAAUCUGUAGCAUUUCAUACUAACGGUUUCAAAUACGUGCUGUUUAUAAGCCAACACAGAUUUCAAGAGGGCCAAGUUCUAGCACCAAGUAUAGUCCCAGUGAAUUUGCAUCAGUACAAGCGGUUGGCUAAUUGAACAUUUCCCAAGGGAAAGCAAAUGCCGCCAGGUCAAGUGAGUCAUUGUUGGGAAAGGGAGAAGGGAAGUCAGCAUGCUGCCACGAAAGGGCUGCUAGAUGACUAAGGCCACGGUUGGUAUUUGGGAGUCAGGUGUUCAGGCUGAGAGCAGGCACCUAUUUAGUUAUUUGACUUAUUAAUCUCAUGCUACCUAGAAGGUCUCCAGUCAGCUUACAUUUAAAUACAUAAACAUAAAUGCAUUAUACCAUAGCAGGGGGGGAAUAAUAGAAAACAUUAAAUGUUUUCAUUCAGUAAUCAAAAACAGCCCCACGAGCCAUAGGAAGGUGGGGAAUGGGAAGCCUUUCACUAGUACUGAAAGGAUGUAAGGGAAGGUGCUAGAUGGAACUCAGUGGGGAGAGCAUUCCACAGAUGAGGAGCCACGACUGAAAAGACUCUCCCUUCUCAUCACGCUCUGAAUCAUCCCUCAGAAAAGGGACCGGAGGGCCUCAGAUGAUGUGUCUUUAGGUACCUUGAACGCCAGUGGACUGAAGGCAAGUUUAGAGGUCAGGUGGGAGCCAGUAAGUUUGGAAGUGAAGAGAACCAGCUGGCAUGCCCUACUAGCUAAUUGUCCAGACUGAGCAAGGUCAGCAGGAUUCAUUCAUUCACUCAUUCAGAAAUAUAUAGCCUUGCUUUUUCAGGAACUUUCUUCCCAGAGCAGCUUACAGUCUCUAGUAAAAACCAACUCCACCCAACAAACAAGAAACCCACCGUAAAAAAAAGUGAAAUACUGAAAUAGAAGACAAUACAGAUGGGGCCUGUGAAAACAGUUUUCUUGUCAACCAUUAAAAACAAAAGAAAGUCUUGAGGGUGGGGUGGUGGUGGUUAGUGUUUAAUUACAUCUCUCAAACAGCCUGAUUUAGCAGCAGGUUCUCUGUCCCUUUGACCCUUCCCAUUCCCAAAGCCAACAAACAAACAAAACCCCUUUCAUUUGAAAAGUGGCUGUGUGUGUGUGUGUGUGUGUGUGUGUGUGUUUGUAACUUGAGAAUUCUCACUAGCUGAAAUGGGGCCUUCCUCUUCAAGACAAGGAAGGUUGCGAUUUGAGUGCCCUGCUUUCAAAUACAGGCCUUUCUGAAGGCCUUUGUAUCGCCUCGGCGUUACCUGACUCCCCAGGCCAGGAGAAUACUGUAUUGGAAACAAAAUGACAUAUAACCAUACCGAUACAUUAAUACAAAUCAUCAUGAAUGCACAAUGAAGACUUCUGGAGAGCCCCUUGAUCUCUUCAUUUGAUUGAUGGCAUUAGGUAGGUAGGAAGAGGAAAGAACAAAACCAUUUCAGAUGUUGGUUCAUGCAGCCCCCAGCCCCCCCAUCAUGCAGGCAGGCUUAUUUGCAGACGCUGCGGACUGCACAUCUUUGUCCAUACAUGGAAAUUUGUGUGUGCCCCUGCAGACAUUUUUAUUUGGUACAUCCUGGCACAAGGAAGGUACGUCAGGUGCAUAUGGAUCACAUGGUCAUGGCCUUGGAUGCCUCCUUAGAGAUGGGUGCAGGAGUGCCCUUGCUUCAGCAGUUCACUAUGUUAAGGCCCUACAUGCCAGAGAAAUGUGAACCGGGCCUCUUCAGGGUUUGCAUCUCCCAAACAAGAAAGAUGGCUUCCUAUUGCAAUCUCCCAUUAGCUGGAGAUUGAGGGAGGUUGCAGUGCCAAUAUAAGAGCCAUAAUUACCAUUAGGUGUAAUGGAGAUAAAUGAAGGACAAUCAAAAUGCAUUCAACUAAUGUUUCAUAGAAAAUAUUGCAGUGUGGGUGCGCUUCAUAAUGUACCUCUAAAAGACAAUGGUGUUAUGUGUGAUAUAGUGAUACACAGAAGGAAAAAUCAAUCUGUAUAAAAAGCAUUGCGGUUUGUUGCCGGAGAUUAAUCAAUGGCUUAAUUUACAAUACUCAUCAGAACAUUUCGCCUCCACAUUGCCACUGUUAUCAUUUACUUGCAUUUCCUUUUGUCCGUCUACACUCUGCUUCCUUUUACCCAGCUGAAAGAGUAAGAUCUCUAGAUAGUGGGAGGGGUUAUAGUUCAGGUGCAGGGCAUGUCCUUUGCAUGCAGAAGGUUCCUGGUUCAAUUGCUGGUAUCUCCAGUGUAGGGAAGAAUGGUAGCUUAGUAGUAAAGCACAUGCAGAAAUGGGUUUUGGAUCCUUAUUCAAGCCAAGAACUGCAUUACCCCAAUGGGAAGCUGUCAAUGACUUUCCAGAACUUGGCAGGGCAAGAGCCAAGAGUUUGUACAAUCCCACACCUUUAGUGCACGCAGAACCACAAAAAGCAAGGCCUAGGUGCUGGAAUGAGGGAGAAAGAGCAGGAGAGCAUUUCUUUGCUACGCGCUGAGAAAGGGAUUCCAUUUCUCAGUGUGUAGCAUAGAAGCAAAACAGUCUGCUUGCAAGGAAAGAGAGCGAUUCCUUUCUCUUCAUGCAGCAUAGGAAUGCUGCCAUCUGCCCAUGGAGAAAAGGAGUUCCUUCCUUGCUGUGAAGCACAAAAAGAAGAGAGCAGUUGGUGGGGAAGGUUUCAUAGACCAGACCUAGGUUCAAUCCAUGGCAUCUCUAGGUAAAAACAGUUCGGAUGAUGAGCAGGUAAUGAAACGGACCCUGCCGAAGAUCCUGAAGAGUACCAGUCAGAGGAGGGCAAAUUGAUCUGGUGUAAGGCAGCACCUUAAGUUUCUGCAAUCCGCUUGAUGUCGGAGGACUCUUAAUUCCAAAGUAGGGAGUGAGUUUUUUGUCUAGACAGUCCACGAUUGAAUCUUUGUUGGGGGCAAGUGGGAUCUGACUGAAGCUAAUUUUGUCUUCAGACAUUGGAGUGGAGAACUUUAUUUUUUUUAAAGAGUUUGAGCUAGGAAGAUGACCCUGGAAUGGAAUGUUUGCAUUAUUUACCCAAGUCACCCUAUUAGGUACAUUAUAGCAGCCUGAGGGGAAAUGCUUUUACACUGAGGUCUGUUUGCAAAGUGAAUCUGUUUCCACUCUGGGUCAUUUGCAAGAGAAAUAGGUUGCUUCACUAGAAGGUGCAUAGAAGAUGCCUGGCUUUGCAUUCAUCAUCACAUGGACAUACUUGCCUGUAACCAGGUUUAUUGCAUAUUAGCAGGAAACUCUGGUUGCGACUGCUUGUUAAAAUAUUGUGGAAGCUAUCUGGUACCUCUUUCUGCUCCUUUUUCAUUUUUCUGAUAUCCAUCAGUAGUUGGAAGAAGAUGGAUCAGGAUCAACUGGUAGAUCUCUUGAGUAACUUGCAGCAGAUCAGCAAGGACUUCCAAUUCCUAGUGGAAGUCAACAAUAGAGAAAACAAAAAAAAGCUGUUUUUAGUUCCUAAAUUAGGAAAUCAAGUAUGUGCACACAUGGGAGAGAAAUGGAAGGGAUCUGUCUGAGAGUUCCUGGGCUGAAUAUUCAGCCCGACACUUUGCAUGUAGCAGGAAACAAGCCCAGAAGCCACAGUUAAACUAUACCUUGGCUUACAAAUCCCAGUUUGUACAGAAGCCAGUUUUAAACCAUGGCUGUGUAGCUUGGCUUCUUGGAAAGCCAUUGACCAUGUUUUUGUGGUUUGCAUGUAACAGGAAACUAUGGUUAACCGUGGCUUCCUGGUGUGUUUCCCUGCUUGUCGGAAGGGACUGCAUGUGACUGCAAGGAGCUCAUGCAUAUCCCAGCUUAUUAAACAAGGGUUUGAUCAUUUAUACACGGUCCAGCUUUCCCUCUAUGUUUUCCACUUGUUUUCCUGACAGCUCCUCGCAUAACUGUUUUAACUCCUGCUCCACCACAUCUCAUUGCAGAGAAAAGUUCUAAGAUUAGAGCAAAGGUCCAUCUAAUCCAAUGUCCUGUUCCCCACAGUGGCUCUGGAAAGCCCAGAAGCAGAGCAUAAAGACAAUAGCCCUCCCUACUCUUUCCCCCCCACCCCAAAUGGUAAUCAGUGGCACAUGGCCUCUGAACACAGGUGUUUCAUUUAGUCAUCAUGGCUAAAUCAAUGGAUGUGUCCUAUGUAGAUUUGUUUCAUCCUCUCUUAAAAGCCAUUUAAGCCAGUUGUCCUCGCCAUAAGAUAAAAAGAGCCCUGCUGGGUCAGGCCAAAGACUCACCUAGCCCAGCACUCAGCCAGGUGCCUUUGGGUAGCCCACAAGGAAGACACGAACACAACAGAACCCUCCCAGCUUGUGAUUCCCAGCAGCUGGUAUUCAAAGGCAUCCUGCAUCAACAUAGCUAGGGGCAUGUAUGUGUGGAUUAGUGCUACUACUUCUCUACCUACCAAAUCUUAUGCAAGCUUCCAUUAAUGGUUGCCUUUGCUCUUAACUGAAAUUGGCUUAAUACCUAUGUUCUGACUAAGAAACCUGCAUAGGUUGAAAGCUUUCCACUGUGACCCCAUGGUCACCAAUGCCACAUUCCUUGUUAUUCCUACCUCUUCUGCCUGAUUAUCGUGCUCUGAUAUUACUGCGUCCUACCUGUUUCCCUCCAACAGUCUCCAGCAUCCAGUGGAGCGUACUUGGGGUGAUCCCCUGCCCAAGAAGUUACUUUCCCCUUCUAUUUUUGUUCCACCUGUAACAACAAGACGGUUUUGAUUUCUGUUGUUGCUUAAUUUUAAUGUAUUGAUGGUUAGUUCUGGCUCUUUGUCUGCUAGGUCUUUGAUGUUAAUUUCAGCCUGGCAAUUAUGUUUUAAUGAUGGAUUGUUGUUAAAUUUGUGCCUGUCUUUGCAUUUUUGGAAAGCCCUUCAAGCACCUCUAUUGAAAGGGAAAAGCAGGGUAUAAAUCUUUGUUACUUGUAAGUCACUUUGCAAGGAUUUGUAGCCUGGAAGGUGGAACGAUAAAUGCUGCAGUGAGAUGCAUAAAUCUGUGCUGCUACAUGCUACAAGCAGAAGGCCAAACUAUUUGAUCCAAAGAGUUACUAGAUUCUUCUCCAUGUCCUCUUUUUCAGAAGCCUUGAACCCUCAACCCAUUUCUCUACAUUGCCCUAAAUUUAAAGAGAAAGAGAAAAGUUAUUCACAGUGGAGUUUUUUGUUGCUUCAGAGUUAAAUCUUUUGAUUUAACAGACUGACAGUCUGUUAAGAAGACCGCUGUAUAAAUGGUUGGCAAUGAAGAUGCGGAUUUUAAUUGUGAUGAUCACAUCAUCUUUGAUCCUGGAAGCUCUUUUUUAAUUAUCUUGGUGCUGACACUUGGCUGCUAUUAGAGUGCUUAUCCCACCUCCGGGUGCCCUUUCUCCAGAGGCAACUGUAAUCCUACCCGCUUUCCCCCCAAACCCCCACUUUCACUAGCACAGCUGCUGCCUCCAGCAGAUUUCACCGAUAAUCAAAUGUUCCUUCUCAAGGCUUUCCCCUGCUGCAAGAUUAACAACCUCCCCCCCACCCCCGGUCUGAAUUUCCAUUACCAGCAGUUUGGCUCCCUCAUGGAUCAGCUUCGGAGGAAAUUCUCCCUCUUCCCAAAGGUUUCCUGGUCCUAAUUAUUUAAACUCCACAUUCAUUACAUAGUCCUUCUCCUGUCUUCAUCUCCUAGAGACACUGGGAAUGUUUUGAGCUCUCUGGCUCAAAGGCUCCUUCCUGACUGCAUUCCUCUACAAGGCCCCACUGCCGCCACACUCCAACAGCAGGGGAAAUCACCUAGACUUACUUAGGACAGCUGUAUCUUUUUUUCUUCUUCUGAAGAACUUUAUUGUCUGCAAUUUCAGUUUAUAGCACAUGCGCCCUUGUUACAAAGAAUUAAAGCAUCAUUUCUCGGACCCCAAAGCGUCUGUUGGGUGCAGAAUUGCAUUUUCCCUUGCCAACUGGGUCACUGCAAUUUGGAGUGCUGCCCAGAAUGUGAUUACAUGGGAAAAUAGGGAUUUGCCCUGUACUGAGUCAGACCGCUGGUCCGUCAAGCGAGUUACUGUCAACAUGGACUGGCAGUGGCUCCCCAGGGUUCCAGAUGGUCUGACCUGGAGAUGCCUGAGAUUCAGCUUGGGGCUUUCUGCAUGCAGAGCAUGUAAUGUAAUGUGCCACUCUGCCACAGCAAGAGUGUCAUGGACACCUGUUAAGUAGUGUCUGUGCUUCUAGGACAAGGACAGAAUACAACUUCUCCCAUCUCCUUAGCUGCAAGGAGAUUUAUGCUAGGUACUAAAUGUGACAAAUCCAGACUUUGCCUUGAUUGCGCUCCCCCACCCCCUGAUGUGCUCUUGGAUGCAUGCCGCGUGAUAUUUGCAAAAGAAAGGAAGACAGAGUGAGUGUUGCACAGCUUCCUCAUAUACACACAGCAAAGUUUUCCCUCCUCCCCACUCCAUUCCAGAGAGCAACUAGAGAUAGUUGAAUUGCUAUUUUCUCACUCAAGGGUAGGCAGAAGGUAGACCAGUGCCCACUUUUUGGACCACUGAACAGUGCCUGGUAGGUCCACUUGGUUGCUUGGAAUUCCUGCAAAGAAUGCUGACCUCGGUGUCUCCUGGUCUGAACCAGCAAGCCACUACCUAUGCUGGUUUGCAGUCCUGUACAUGCACUUUUGCUUAACACUGAUGAAGAUGAUGAUGAUUUUAUACCUUGCCCAUCUGGCUGGGUUCCCCCAACCACUCUGGGCAGCUCACAGCAUAUCUAAAAACUUAAUAAAAACACCAAGCGUUAAAAACCUCAGAUGUCUUCUAAAAGUUGUGUAGUUCUUUAUCUCCUUGACAUCUCAAGGGAGGGCAUUCCACAGGGAGGGCGCCACUGCUGAGAAGGCCCUCUGCCUGGUUCCCUGUAACUUUGCUUCUUGCAGUAAUAAUUAAUAAUGGCAGAACUGCACCAAGUUCUUGUGUGGCUACAAGAUGCUCAGGGCACCCUUUAUCCACAAAGGCAGAUCUGCCUUGUGUCCUGAAGGACCAGACUGCUGGUGGCAUAGGAGCUAAGUAAGGCACCAAGAAGUGCCUGUUGGAGACUGGUUCAAUAUGAGACAUCCUAGCUUCUUAAGAGCUGGGAAAGGUGCCAUGGGUUUGAGACCUCUAGGAGCCAAGGGGGGCUGCAGCAGUAGAGUUCAGCAGGUAACAAGUCUUUGUUGGAAAUGAAGAGGAGUCUGCUGUACAUAUGGAGCUGGCAACAAGUGAUAUCACAAGUAUGUUCUGGCCUUGGUGAUGGAGGUGGUGCAAAAAGCCAAGGAGAAGCAAUGAAGAAAGAGCAGUGGAUCCAGCAAAGAAGGCUGCAUGGCCUAAGAAGCGGAGCAGCUAAUGCCCUGUUCAGGCAUUCAGCUAAUGCCCUGUUUCAUGGAAAUAUUGAUACCUAGCAGGUGUCAGCAAGGGCCAGUCGUCUGCUCUGAGUGUAGAGUCUUGCAAAGUAGUACCGUAUUGGCCUGAAUAUAAGCCACACCCGAAUAUAAGCCGCUCCCUUAAAAUUCUGCAGGCACUCACACCCGUUCCAUUUUACUGUAUGUCUGUUUCAGCAGCGAUAUCGUAAAAGCCCGUUUUUGUAAGGUUGCAAAUUUAAGCCUCACUUCAACUUUUCAUGGUCAGAGUUUGGGGAAAAAGUGAGGCUUGUAUUCAGGCCAGUACGGUAUUCCUUCUGUUUUGGAACCCAUUACUAGGUUAAGCCUGGUGUCAAAGCAAAUCUGUCCCUGUAUAUCUGAAAUUUCAGUCCUGGCCAUAUUUCAGCUACCACUCUCUACCCUCCAUAUUGUUCUUUUCCUCUAUGGAAUCACAGCAGGAUCAGGAGAAGCUGUGGAAGCUGGACUUAGCAGUGCAGUCUGUCUUUGAGAGUCACUCCUGCACCGCAAAAGAGUCCAUUCCUAGGAUCUCUAGGACUCACCUCGGCAGCAGCCCAGCACAAUAUGGUAUCAAUAAUACAUGCCCUGAGCUUUCGGCACCCAAAGCCUGCUAAUUGGCUAAUUAAAAAGUGCAGUGUGUUGAGCGAGCAAACAUGUCACCCACAGGAGACUUGUUCUGUAGCGGAGCCGAGGUCAAACUUGUGUUAAUGCUGUUUCAUGAAACUCACCUUUGCUGUAAGCAGAGUGUAGAGCAGUCCCAGGAGCUGGGAAGAGGGUGUGGGAACCCGUCUCUUACUGAUGGGGUGAGGUGCCUCACUACCAAACUCUUCUUUUUAUUAUAUUUUUUUUCCCAGGCUGUUCAGGGGUUCUUAUACGGCAGCUUUAACCUCACUCCUCCUCUCUUGCCCUAGCAUGCAUCUCUGCUUAUAUUUGUAGGGCAAACUGACUGCUUUAACUUCAGUUUUCACUGCAAGGGCAGGGGGGCAACCGUGGGGCAGGCAGAGCACAAGCCAGCCGGACCCAUGGCUUCUUGCAAAUAAUUCAAGCCUUAAUGAGCAUGGAAGGAAAACUCAGAGACUUUUAAUUUGUGCAUUUAUUCAUUCCAGCAGCUUUUUUUUUACUGUAAACAAGAAUUGAAGUCACUCUUGCGUGAGAAUAUAUUUGAUACGAAAUACAAUUUGUUGAAUUUGGUGGGAUAAGUCCUCUGACCGGAGGCCAAAGCUACAGUAUAUGCUGUUGAUUCUUUUUGUUGCUGUAGUCUCUCUUUAACUCUUUCUUGAUUUUUUUAUCCUGAGACGUUGAAUUUCACCUAUCGUCUCCUUCUUGAAGUUGGCGAGACAUUGCAAUAUUUGGCUUUUGGUUGUUGCAGUUUUAGCAUAUGGCUCUCAGGAUAGCUCAUAAUGAAAUACAAUCAACAAUGAAAUCAAUGCAAGACAGGAAAAUUCAAAUUGACUGUAAAACAGCCAACAGAGCAGUACUUAAAAUAUACGUACAAUGAUGGCCAAAAUUGUGGAAACCUUUUGGAAAAAGUGUGUUUCUGAGGUUUGAUGGCUUAUAACACCACUUUGUUUUGGAGUAAUACCAUAAAAUUAUAUAUCACUGGAAAGAUAAUUUAAUGAAGAAUGUAAUACAACAAAGUUUGUUCAAUUAUCUGUAUUCUAUCAAAAGUUAUAGCCAAAUUACCAGAAAAAGGAAGCACAACUUGCUUAGGUUGAUAUGCAGUACCUUUCCUUCGUUUGAAUGUAGCCAAUGAGCAUGAGUGUUAGAGAGCCAGUCAUCAAAUCUCAGAAAUACACUUUCCCCAAAACGUUUCCACAAUUUUGUCCACUAGUGUAGGACUUUAAAAGAUGGGUCUUUGUAUGGCCCUGAAAAGAUACCAGAUUAGCAGCCAAGCAAGCCUUCUUAGGGAGAGAGUUCCAUGAGCAGAAACAUUCCAUCACCAAUGAAGAAACCCUUUCCUCGGUUUCCUGCUUUGCCUCUCACAAUAAGGCCUCCUAGUGGAGAGCCUCUGUCAGUGAGCUUGGCGCACAAAAAGGUUGAUGUUCAAGUCUUUCUGCAGUGUUUGCUCACCCAGGCAGAGGGAGCAAGGGAUGAGAUGCAGCAGCCAUUCCAUCUGGCAGUGGCUGUGUGGCAGGCAGGGAAAGAAGUGUGCAGGGACACUUCAUUGGCGCUGCUGAGAGACCCUCAAUGCUUGGCUCCUCUCGUUGAACUGUUUUCCAUUCCAGCUGCUCAGUGUAAGAGCUUUGUAACAAAUAAUUAUUUCCCGAGUUUGCUUUCCGUGCUCCAAAUACACUUUCCUUUUGUGUCGUGUUUUUUUAGAUGGUAACCCUGAGCGCAGGAGAUUUGACUUGCUUUUAUUAAUCUGUGAACACACCUUUUAUUUAUUUAAGAGGGCCUUCUCAGUAGUGGCGCCCGCCCUGUGGAACACCCUACCAUCAGAUGUCAAGGAAAUAAACAACUAUCUGAGUUUUAGAAGACAUCUGAAGGCAGCCCUGAAGGGAAGUUUUUAAUGCUUGACGUUUUAUCAUGUUUUUAAUAUUCUGUUGUCCAGAGUGGCUGGGGAAAACCAGCCAGAUGGGUGGGGUGUAAAUAAAUGAUGAUGAUGAUGAUGAUGAUGAUAUGGAACCAUCUAAUUGCACAUCUAUGCAUCAUUUUUCAAAUUGGGCCUUGUGUGCCUUUAAUGCAACCCUUUACUGCCUUCAUACAGCAACAACUUCAGCCUGCUGGCCUUGAUCUGAUCUCCAGCCAGCCAUAUUAUCUUAGAAUUAUAGAGUUGGAAAUAAGCAACUGUCUGACUUUUAGAAGACAUCUGAAGACAGCCCUGUUUAGGGAAGUUUUUAAUGUUUGAUUCUAUUUUUAAUAUUCUGUUGGGAGCCGCUCAGAGUGGGAAACCCAGCCAGAUGGGUGGGGUAUAAAUAAAUUAUUAUUAUUAUUAUUAUUAUUAUUCAAAGGAGAAGAAAAACAAGUAAGUCUUCUGUCAUUGAUAUGCUCAGCUGUCACUUGUGCAAUUUGUCUUCUCAGAUUGUCGACACCUUCUUUAUCGGCCGCUUCGUCCUGCUGUCCCUUCUCUGUGUGGUUUUCGUUGGGUGCCUCUUCAUGGUUUUGGUUCACUAUGUACUGCAACCAGUGUAUGCCAAACCCUUGAGAACCCCUUCUGUUUGCAAAGGAGUAUAGGUUGGUUGUAUUGAUUCUGGUCCAUGUCAACUAUAGUAUUAGUAGCUGCUCUUUAGCUAGGACAACUUAUUAAAUAAAGAGACAUUUUUUCACAUUAAUUUCCGAUUUGACUUUUAACCAGUUUCUGUUUCCCUCUAUGCUGUAGUCAAAGAAACUAUGCCUGUGUAUUUCUUUGUGGUAACUUCUGUAUUUAGUGGUUUUAAUUUAAUGGAUCCCCAAGGGCUUAUUUAUUGUCUCCCCCCUCCUUCCUGACACAGGUGAGAGAUGCUAAUGAGUCCCUCUGAGAAGUGGCUGGGCUGAGUUGUUCCAGGAGGACAAAAAGGAAACAGAUCAUUUUUCUUAGUCACCAAAUUAUUGUUGUCCACCCCUUAAAAAAAAAAGUACAGAGAAGCCCAUAUAUGAUUUAAUGCCUCUCUUGGGGCUGAACCUCAUGGUGCAUUUAAAAAAACAAAAACCUGAGCUGGGAGUCAUUUCACAUCUGCCUGCACACACAGAAAGGGGAAAACGUAAUGUAUGAAUGGAUGAGUUGGAGAUCUUGUUUAUGCUCACACAAAGUCCGGAGUUUCAAAUUGAUUUCAUGGGUCACAUAAUUAUAUUACUCUUUAUUACUUGCAUCUUUUAAAAAUCCCACACAUGAUGGGGAUUACAAUUAGAAUCCAUGCCCAGGACUGCUUAGGGUGCCAAAUCAUAUUUUGUGUAUAAAUUCUCUCUGUUCUUAAGUGGUGGUUCUCUGAUCUAUAUAUCCUUGGAUGCCAAGCGGUUUGCAAAGAUCUCCUUUGCCAAAUAGAUGGCUGGUUCUGACCAGUGCUUCCCCCCCCCCCAAAAAAAAAUGUGUAUGGGUACUCUCAUUUUGACUCAUUUUAUAGUUCAAAUUGGGAAAAAUAAAUACAGUAAAUGGACAAAAGUACAAAGAUUCACAAAAAUGUUUAGGGGUAUGCGUCCCCCCAGAAAAAAGCUCUGGUUCUGAUAUUAACAUAUACCCUCAUGACAACUUCGCUCUGUGGAACUGGCUGUGUUAGAGGUACCACAUGAUAUUUGGUUUGCAUUUGUAUGAAAUUGAUCUUUUAGUGUGCCAGCCCCUGUGGAACUCCCUGCCUAUUGACAUCAGGCAAGUACCGUCACUCUCUUUUCGGUGCCCGCUUAAUGCAUUUUUGUUCAGGCAAGCCUGCCCAGAUAUGUAGAAUACUGACAUGUGUUUUAAUCUGUUUUUAAUCUAUCAAUUUUUUAAAAAAUGUUUUAAAUAUUGUUGUUGUUGUUUUUAAAAAAAGGUUUGUGUCAAUAGUUUUAUUACUGUAUUUUUCGCUCUAUAACACGCACCCGACCAUAACACGCAUGUAGUUUUUAGAGGAGGAAAACAAGAAAAAACAUAUUCUAAACGAAACAGUGGAUGUAUGAUUUUUGUGGUUCAUGCUGUGGCCACAGACAUGUGAUCUGACGGUGAGUUUGGAGUAGCCCAAUGCAAAAAUCCUGAGGAUCCAUGUGGAUCCAUGCUUUGUAACCACGUUUUUGCACCACUGCGGCCCCAGGCAACAGUGGGUGCGUGAUUUUUUUGGUGCAAGAUGUAGCCAUGGACAUGUUAUGUGAUCUGAUGGUGAAUUUGGGGUGACCCAGUGCAAAAUUCCUGAGGAUCCAUGUGGAUCCGUGCUUUGUAACCACGUUUUAAGUGGGGAGGGAAGGAAAAGCACUCAAGGGACAAGGAGAAGGAUGCUGCUAAUAAUGCAGAAGAGGGGUUUAAGGGGAGAAGAAGCAUGCGUGGGGUGGGUGGAGAAGGAUGCUGCUAAUAAUGAAGAAGAGGGGUAUAAGGGGAGAAGGCUCCUCUCCUCUCCCACUUUGCUCCUUUAAAGCAAGCAGGCUCUGCUUUUCUCCCUCCUCCCCGCUCAUCCCCGGCUUAGCGAGCUGAAAAACUUUGCUGCUAUUUAGCGAGCUGAGUGGGGAGGAGAGAGGGACAGAGAGCCUGCUUGCUUUAAAGGAACCAACCAGACAGGAGCUGCUUACACUCGUGUAAGCUGCUCCUCUCCUCUCCCGCUUUGCUCCUUUAAAGCAAGCAGGCUCUCUGUCCCUCUCUCCUCCCCACUCAGCGGCUCUUCUCCCGCUUUGCUGUUUCAAAGCGAGCCACGGAGGAGGGAAGGAAGGGGAACCAUGGAUCCUUUGCUCAUGACUGCAGCAGAUCCCCCUGCCAUCCUUAGGCAUUCCCUCCAUAACACGCACAGACAUUUCCCCUUACUUUCUAGGAGGAAAAAAGUGAGUGUUAUGGUGCAAAAAAUACUGUAGUUUAUUCUUUGUAUAAACUGGUUUGAAGAUUUUUACAAUCAAGCUUUGUUAAUGAAAUUGAUCAGAUGGCAGAUGGUCCUGUGUUCAAACUCUGGCAUCUCCAGUACAGAUAGAAAUUCAGACAGCAGUUGAUGGGAAAGAAACAAAAUUGAAACCAGGCUUCCAGGACCACAAUUCUGCACCUAGUAUCAUAUUUUAUAUUUGCCUUGUGCAAUUGCAGAAGUGUGUUGUGGAAUGCACGUAACCCAGAUUUGGAACUGGCGAACCAUAGUAGGGUCCUUAUCCUUUACACACACACACACACACACACACACACACUCUUGAGGCUAGUAGUUCUAUAACUUCUGGAUAUUAAACAGACUCAUUGCUUCAACUUACCGUCUUAGUUCUUGCUCCACCACCUUCCUCAGGCCAUUCUAAUUUUCCUUGGACUAAGAUCUCCCAUUUUUUCUGGCACUAGCUGCAGAAUAAUUUUCAUUUGGCCUAAAAAAUUAAACUUGAAAUGGGAGAACAGCCCCCUUUUUCUCCUAACGAAAGAGCUAUGUGAGAUGGCAAAGGGCUCUUUCUAACAAGAGUGUAGAUACAUUUUCUAACUUCAUUAAAGGUGCUUGCCCCGGGAGUGGAUUUUUAUUUUUUUAAUACACUUUAGAAUAAUUCUAAAAUAGCUGAACCUCAUUUUUAACAAGAGAAAUAAGUAGAAAAGUAAUUGGCCAGCUAAGGAAUACUUUAAAACCCAGCAAAUAGCAGGGAGAGCUUCCUGAAAUAGAUUGCCAGUGUUUCCAUAUCACAUAUUAAUUGGCAACAGCCCAUUUGGAAACCCGUAAAAAGCUGGGGAGGUGGCAAGAAAUUGCAAAAUACAAAGUUGCCAGUUCUCUUGAUUUCAUCUUUUGCAGGAAGCAGGGGAAUCUUAUAGGCAGAAAUCACAAUCCUCACGAUGAUAAAGUAAUAAGGCUAAGAUUUCAUUUCUGCAGAGAAGAGGCUGAAAAGUAUGAGCUUGGCUCCUAAAUGGGGGGGAAAGCAGCAAAUAACCCAUAUUAAUAAAAGUACAUUAGUAUUAAUUCAGUACCAAGGCAAGUGCAAUUUAAGUUAAUUUAAAUCCAUGGUUUGUAUCCAACUAAGCUCUGCUCAGAGUUCACCCAUUGAAAUCAAUGAACCAAAGCAAGCAAUGCCCAUUGAUUUCAGUGGACCCACUCUGAAUAUGACUAACUCUGGAUACCACCCAAUAUAUUUAAACAUGCCUAAUUCGGCAGGCGAUCAAGUAGCGUACAGAAUUUACUAUUGCAGGGUGUCAUUAACAACUACUAGCUUAGAUGGUUUCAAAACUGGGUACGUAAAUCAAUAGGCAAUAGGAUGGCCCAUAUUGUGGUCAUUUCAGGAGAAGCUAAUAUGGUACCCUCUGGAUGUUGGACUCCAGUGCCCAUCAGCACCCCACCAAUGUGGCCAGGACUCAGGAAUGAUGGGAGUUACAGUCCAACAGCAUCCAGAGGGAACAACAUUUGUAAUCCAUGGAGCAUUGGACUAGACUAGGUAAGAUCCAGGCUCACAUCUGUACUCAGGAAACUCACCGGGUGACUUGGGCAGCCACUAUCUCAGGGGUCCCCAAACUAUAUCCAGCCUGCGGCGAUGCCCGCUGCCGCUGCCCACUCUUACCGGCGCUGCGCAGCUGCCCACUUCCGGAUCGGAGGAGCACCGGAAAUGGCUUGUGCACAUGCGUUAUUUCCGGGGCGGAGGAGGCCCGUGCACAUGCGCACAAGCUAUUUCCAGUGCUCCUCUGAUGCGGAAGUGCGCCAGAAAUAGCGUGUGCACAUGCGUAUGGGCACAUGCCCUCCAGCCUGCCACGCAGUCGGCGCUGGAGACACCGGCCUGAAGCGUGGUAAGUUUGCUGACCCCUGGACUAUCUCCUAACCUAACCUGCUUUUGAAUAUUGAUUCAGCCCCCGUCCCAUGUGUUGCAGCUGCGCAAGCAAACCACCAUUUUAAAUUUCCCACAAUGCCCCAGAGCAGCACAUGGAGGGCAUUGUGGGAAACAAAAGAGUGCCAGGCCAACCUAACUGCUGCCAGACAAGGCUAGUUCCCGAGAGGAAACUAUCCCUUCUGUUCUGCCCACAGGAUGUCAAAAGGGGAAAGGCUCUACCAUUCCUCAGGCUCCCUGCUUUUUUAAGUCGCCCAGCUCUUCCUAAGUUUAAUAAAAGUUGCAGCCUAUUUGCAUGGCAGCCAAGCCCAAGAGUCAGCUCCCCUUGCUUCCUUCCCUUUUGAGAGAAUCACAUAUAGUUCUCGUCCAGGCCCUGGGAGACUUAAUUAAAUGUGUUAAUUCUGCAGCCUCCUGCUGUAAUUUGUCAAGUAGGUCUGUUUUAAGUCUCACAACCCUAAGGUCAGAGAUGGAGUGUCCAGGGAGAUGGAAAUGCUCCAUUGCUUCAGUUCUCCAUGUUUCUGUCUGAAAUGUCUGAUCUGUUUGUCUUUAUUUUCUUACAGAGGGACCAGCCUCCUUGACCAAUGUAAAGUACACAGUGUUCUCAGGCAUACAUAGAAAUUAGUGCUUCAUACCACACAGCUCGGGACGCGGGUGACACUGUGGGUUAAACCACAGAGCCUAGGACUUGCCGAUCAGAAGGUCGGCGGUUCGAAUCCCCGCGAGGGGGUGAGCUUCCAUUGUUCGGUCCCUGCUCCUGCCAGCCUAGCAGUUUGAAAGCACAUCAGAGUGCAAGUAGAUAAAUAGGUACCGCUCCGGCGGGAAGGUAAACGACAUUUCCGUGCGCUGCUCUGGUUUGCCAGAAGCAGCUUAGUCAUGCUGGCCACAUGACCCGGAAGCUGUACGCCGGCUCCCUCGGCCAAUAAAGCGAGCUGAGUGCCGCAACCCCAGAGUCGUCCACAACUGGACCUAAUGGUCAGGGAUCCCUUUACCUUUACCUUACCACACAGCUCAGGGAUGAGGAACCUGUGGGUCUUCAGAAGUUGUUGCACUCCAGCUCCUAUCAUCCCUGACCACUGGCCAGGCCACCUGGGGCUGAUGGGAGUUGGAGUCCAACGACAGGCCAUAUCUGCACCUUACAUUUAAAGCCGUAUUAUUCCACUUUAACAGCCGUGGUUUCCCCCAAAGAAUCUUGGGAACUUUGGUUUGUUAAGGGUGCUGCGACUUGUUAAGAAAUCCCUAUUCUCAUCGAGCUAC